CCGCCACAGCACCUCACCCUUCUUGACCUUUGCUCCUUCCCUGGUUUGUUCUGGCAUCAUCGUGGCUGCCUUGUUCCAGAUCCCAGAUCCCGCCGCUCCCUUCUUGCCACUGCCCUCCCCCUUCCUUCUGCUCCACAACAAACCACAGUUCGUCUCCGUUGUGUCUUCUUGCGCCUUCAAGAGCAAUACAAGGUCUCAUGCAGCGAACACGGCGACUGCUCACUGAGGCCACCAAGUUCAUCGACACAAGAUGGUCGUCCAGUCUUGAGUCUGCACUGGCGCGAUCUGCCAAGUACCAGAUCAGCCGGCUGAGUCUGGCGCAGCUGCUCACGUUCGGCCAGAUGGAGGACCCCCAGCUGCGGAUGAACCAGUCGUGCCAGUUUAUCCAGAACGAGGGUGUGAUCCGCCUGGCGCACAUGAUCAAGGAGAUGCGCACGUUGCCGGACGACUUCUUGGACGAGCAGCACAUUCGCCGUGUGUACAACUGGUACCUCGAAUCCUUCCGCGAUCUCCACGAGGCAGAGCACGUCACCCCGGCCAGCUCUCCUCAGGCCGGAUACGUGUUUACGGAUCGUGUGCGCUCCAUUCUGCAUCGCCACAGCUCAACUGUCCUCACCUUUGCCAUGGGCUUCCGCAACCUGAAGAAGCAGCGCAAACUGCGCAACUGCGAGCACUACGUGACGAGCUAUCUUGAUCGGUUCCUCAUGAGCCGUAUCGGUAUCCGCUUUCUCUUCAACCAGCACAUGACGCUGGUUGAGCCGCCGGGUCAGGCACAGCUUGAGGACGACAACAGGGGCUCCCGAUGGGUCGGCAGCAUCGACCGUGCGUGCGACGUGUGCCACAUUGCCUACGACGCCGCCAGCAACGCAAAGCUCCUCUGUGAAACGACGCACAUCAACACGCCGGACUUUGAGAUUGUGACACCCGGGGACCAGCGGCCAAUCCUGUCGUAUGUGCCAUCCCACCUCUACCACAUCCUCUUUGAGCUGCUCAAGAACUCGUUCCGCGCUGUGGGCGAGCACCACAAGGACGCCAGCAGCGUGCCGCCGGUGAAGGUGGUGAUCGUCAAGGGCGACAACGACCUGACAAUCAAAGUGAGCGACGAGGGUGGUGGCAUCCCCUUUGCAGAUGUGCCGCGCCUCUUCAGCUACUUCUACACCACAGCAGAAACCCCAGACCUUGACUCGUGGGAGGAAGGCAUGCCCGACAUGAACAACGCGCCACUGGCUGGCUUUGGCUACGGCCUCCCCGUCUCGCGGCUCUACGCGCGCUACUUUGGCGGCGAUCUCAAGGUCAUCUCCGUGCAGGGCUACGGCACAGACGCGUUUGUGUUCCUGCACUCUGUGGCGGAGAAUGCACACGAGGUGCUGCCGUCGUACCGCCCGGCCGAGCUCGAAUACCGCCGCAACCAGACAGACUGGAUGGCCCACCAGCAGCGCGCAUAGGCGCCACACCCCACACUCUGUUUGUCCUCUCGCCUUUCUUCUCCUCUCCUCUCCUUUGUCGUCUCGUCUCUGCUCGUUGUCCUCUGGCCUCCUGGCCUCUCGUUCCUUCUUCCAUGCCUUUUCUAAUUGGGCAGGUGGAAGCAUGGCUUGCUGACUACUGCAACACCACGCGGUUUUGCUGCUGCCCCCUUCCACUCUCACCUCUCAUGGCGUUACUUUGUGGGCGGCGAGCAUGUUGCUCUCGUUGUUGUUGUUGUUGUUGUUGUUGUUGUUGUUGUUGUUGUUGUUGUUGUUGUUGUUGUUUUGCCUUUCUCUCACUCACACACACUCAUUCACACACUGUAUCAUUCACCCUUUCUUCUGCGACUGUUACGAGUUUGCUUUGGAAGCACCAGCUUGUGUGUGCAAGGUCAGCGGCGAGUAAGCGUGCAGUUGCUGACAGUAAACAAACGCAAUAUGGGA